AUGGGCAAUAGUAAGAGCAAAAAGGUUAAGAUCACGCAAGGCGAGACGCAGCAGAACGAGGGGGAGAGCCGUGGCCGAAUCAAUUCGAUAAAAACCGACGUGUCCGAUGUCACAGCGAGAAAGAUAGGGGCCGAUAAGGAAUCAGAUCAAGCCGAUGAGAGACAGCACGACAACGCCAGCAGUGCGUCAACGGUUGAAGCGUUGGAUGAUAACAACGCCGCAGCUCGUUCCAAGAGCAACAAAAUGCCGAGCAAGCCAAUCAAGCUGUACUACCUACCCCCGUCACCACCGUGCCGAGCGGUCCUCCUGACGGCAAGAGUUUUGGGUCUGGAACUGGAUUUGGUCCUAACUAACAUAAUGGAGGGUGCACAUAAGACGCCUGAGUAUCUAAAGAUGAAUCCACAACAUACUAUACCCACAAUGGAUGACAAUGGAUUUAUAUUAUGGGAAAGUCGGGCAAUCAUGGCUUACUUGGUGAACGCAUACGGACGUGAUGAUUCUAUGUACCCAAAAAAUCCAAAACAGAGAGCUCUAGUUGACCAACGGUUGUAUUUCGACAUGGGCACUUUGUUCAAGCGAUACUUCGACCUUUACGUUCCUAUGCUGUUCCAUUCGGAAAAGUACAAUGAAGAGAAUGCAGAGAAGUUAAACGAAGCAUUAGGUUGGAUGAAUACAAUGCUUGAGGGGCGAGCGUUUGUUGCAGGAGACAAUCUAACUAUCGCUGAUAUUACCAUUUUAGUUACAAUAGAUAACUUAAACGCUUUCAAUUAUGACUACAGCGCUCACGAAAACAUCGUGAACUGGUUCGAAAGGACAAAAAAGGAACUUGAACCGUAUGGUUAUACAGAGAUCGAGGAAACUGGUGCCCAAAUGCUUGCAUCAUUCCUUAAGAAGGAAAGCGCGAAA